CUUGUACACCUAAAAUACAGAACGAAACCAAUCGUAUAGUGGGUUUAAAGGAUAAAAACAUUCAUGCAUUUUGUUUGCAACGGAUUGUGCAGUUGAAGACGUUACGAAAAAUGGCAAGUGCUAGUGAACCUUUCGAUGUUGUGAUUUCCUUUGAUACCACUGGCUCAAUGUAUAAUUGUUUGGAUCAAGUUAAAAGGAGAAUGCGUGUAAUGAUGAAGAACCUGAAAUCGUCCAUACCUGACAUCCAUUUAGGAGUUAUAGCUCAUGGUGACUAUGAUACACAUCAUGUUUAUGUCAUUAAAUAUGAAAAGCUUACAGACAAUGUUGAGUCUCUGUGUAGGUUUGUAAAUGACGCUAAAAACACUGGAGGUGGUAAACCACACCGCAAUAAUGACGAAGCGUAUGAACUAGCGCUUCAUUACGCAAACACAAAAGUAAAUUGGCGACCAAAUUCGUCACGUACAUUAAUAUUGAUAGGUGAUCAUCGACCACAUGAAAGAAACUACAUUUUGAACAAGCAACAUAUUGACUGGAGAGAGGAAAUAUUAGAUCUUAGAGAUAUGUGUGAGACCAAUGUACGUGCAGAUUCGUUUUAUCAAAAUAUUGCUUCCGCAACAUUUGGUCAUCAUGUCGCUCUUACAGAUUUCAACAAGGUGGAAGAGGUAUUGAUGUCUAUAUGCUACAGGGAAGCUGGACUGGGAUUAGAAUGUUCAAAGGAGGAACCAGUGCUCAAACGUUCAAAUGGAUCGGCUGUACCAGACUUUCCUAUCGUUCUUUCAAGUGAACUGUCUGAUCCUGAUAGUAAGGAAAGCGACGAGGAAGAAGACGAAGGUAUUCCUGUUUUGUUAAUUUUAAAUGAAGUCGGUCUCGGCAGAAAAUUUAUUUAUUUUGCUGCAGAUAAGAAGUAUUGA